UUCAGGUGUGUUCAGGUGUGUUCAGGUGUGUGUGCUGUGUUCAGGUGUGUUCAGGUGUGUUCAGGUGUGUGAGGUGUGUGUGCUGUGUUCAGGUGUGUUCAGGUGUGUUCAGGCGUGCCCAGCGGUGUGUGCUGUGUGUUCAGGUGUGUGUGUGCUGUGUUCAGGUGUGUUCAGCUGUGUUCAGGCGUGCCCAGCGGUGUGUGCUGUGUGUUCAGCUGUGUGCAGACACGCACAGCUAUGCAUGCGCGUUCCGUGUGUGGCCCUCCCUGUCCCGCUCCCCUGCCCUGUGACCCCGGUGUCGCUGUCGCAGCCAUGGCCCCGCUGCGGCCGCCGCUGCUGCUGCUGGCGUGCGCCGUGCUGGCGCUGCUGCCGCUGCGGCCCCGCGCGGCCCCGGCGCAGCCCGCGUACCCCGGCGACGACGCGCCCGUCGAGGAGCUGCUGCGCUUCUACAACGACCUGCAGCAGUACCUGAACGUCGUGACGCGCCCGCGGUACGGGAAGCGGGCAGGCGGGCGAGCGCUGGGCCAGGAGCCCCUGGGUGCCCCGGGCUGCUGAGCGCCAGGGACACCAGUGGUGCUGAGUGGGUGAAGAAGCGCAGAAGGUGCAGCCCCCCCACCCCCGGCCCCCCCAGAGCCGGCACCGACCCCCAGCAAUAAAACCCCCCCUGCAGCCACCGCCUGUCCUGCCUCUGCCUGCUGGGGACACUGGGGACACUGGGGACAGUGGCUGGGGGGGAAUGGGAGUGCUGGGGACACUGGGGGUGUUACAGACGCUGAGUCUGGGGACCGUGGUGAUGCUGGGGACAGA